CCAAAGGCGGCGGCAGAUUACUAAAACUUCUUCCCCUUCUUCCAUCGUUCAUUGUCAGCUCGGCAGAUUUAAUAAUCCAAAUAAUUGUUCAGUGCCAGAAAUGUGGAUGGGGGAGUCGGUGUGUGUAUUUUGAAGCGAGUGUAAAAAGACGGCAAAAACUACACUUCGAACAACAACAACAACGCAACAAAGUAGCGUAGUAGCGAAAGGCGUGCAAAGCUGAAGUGUAGUAGUAGUGGCAGAGUAACGGUUUCGCGAGUGUGUAGUGUGUGUGUGUGCAAUGUGCUUGGCACCACGCAUGGAGGAGGACGACGACGACAGAAGGGCAGCAGACUCGAUGCAAAAUUGAAAUUAAAUUUCCACAAAUUUUAUGCACGCGGCGCGUGGCAGCCUUAACACUGGGAACGGAGUCUUUACGCUGGCACUACUCUUCGCCAGCAAUUGGAAAUUUGCAUCUAUUGACGAGAAGGCAUAAUGAAUCGAUGACUGUUGGCUGCUGCUGCUUUUGCUUCUGCUGAAACCGGGCACAUCUGCCAGCUGUCUACUGUCUUGUGUGUGUCCUGCGUGUCUUCCGUCUUCAGUGUCUGGCCCCAGCAGAGUCAAGAGUGCCCCAAGUCGAGCCCAACGUUGCCUGAGGCGGUCGAACCCAACCAAAUCCAACCCCAAAGAGUCGGAAUCCAACCGAAGCUUUGCCUGCGCAGCUCCAACAAUUGAGCAAUUGAGAGCGCAUUUAGGCAGUGAUUGGGAGAGCGGAUUGCGCGAGAGUGUGAAAAAAUAGUUGAAGCUAGAAAAGGAAACGCCGUCGGCUGGCUUGCUUGCGGCCUGGACUCGAGUUGGGCCCCAAAAAGGAGGAGUGGAGGAGCCGGAAAAGAAGGAGAGAGAGCACAGAGCAGGCACGGAAGUGGUGACAUCUGUUUUUGCCGCUUUGUCAGUGCCAUCCGGCAGCCAAAAGCCGAAGCCCAAGCUGAAGCCUCUGCAGCAGAGUAGACGAACCCACCCGAACACGAGCGGACACGAACACAAGUGUGGAAAUUGGAAUUUUUAUUCAAAACAAUGCCCCUGCUGCAACAGUACGACACACCCGACUGCUCUUCUGGAACUAGUGGCAGUGGCAACAUGCGGGCCUUGAGCGGAGCCUCCUCCGCGGACCUGCUGCAGAAGCACUCGACGAUCAACUCUUUGCUCGAACACCACCAACAACAGCAGCAUCAACAGCAGCAGCAGCUGCAACUGCAACACCACCAGAAACAGCAGCAACAGAAGCAGCAGCAGCUACAGACCCACGAUCUGCUGGGCAGACGCAGCACCGACGAUGGACUGAUAUCAUUCAUCAACGAUCCCAUCACAAUCAGCGAUCUGCUGGGACUGUGCGGCAGCACCACAACUGGAGGAGGAGGAGGAGCGGCAGCAGGAAGUGCAACCGGAGUGGUAGUGGGAGCUGGAGCUGGCAUGGGAUUGGUUGCAGGAACAGGAACCGGAGCUGGAGCCGCAGACGGAGGAGGAUUGGCCACAGCCCAAGCCAGUAAUCAGAAACAGAAUCAGAAUCUGAGCCAGAGCCAGAGCAACGGAGACAACGGCAUCAGCAGUGGCACAUCGAAUCGUUUAAAUGCCGUCGCUACUGGUGCCGUUGCCGCCGCCUCUGGCGAUAGUGUGGGCGUGGGCGUACGCGUUGGUGUUCAACUGUCGGCCAAUGCGGCUGUAUACUCCCCCCUGACGCCCAGCUCCACACAAUCCUCGGCCUCGCCAGGCACCACCAAGUCCAAUUUCGACUACUUUCAGUUUGAAAAUGUUGCACAAAGUAACCCACUUAAGGCUUUCCAAAGAACAAACAUCAGCUUCGAUUGCUCUGCACCUUUAUCGCCAAGUACGCCUUCAUCUAUUUACAAUCGCUCCUUUCACAGUUCACCUUUGGUCAGCGACAGCAGCAAUUCCUCCAGCGGCAAUGGCCUGUCAAUGGACUCGAUCAACAUGCUCUAUCAGCAGCAGCGUCAGGAGCCGCAGGGCUUCUCCAGCAGCGGCCUGGGACUGAGCCUGCAAAAUGCCUCCACGCGCUCCAACACGCCCGAGAGCCAGAUCAGCAACCAGUCGUUCAAUGAACCAAAUCUACUGGACAUGAUUAAUCUGCUGUCUGUAAAUAGCAGCCGUCUGGCAUCCAUGCAGCAGCAACACCAGCAGCAGCAGCAGCAGCAACUUCACCAGCAGCAGCAGGUCCAGCAGCAGCUGCAGCAGCAGUACGCAAACCUCAACAGGAACUACGAGCAACAGCUGUCCGGCAACGGAGGGCAGCACAACUUUGACCUGAACGGAGACCUCAACCAGUGCGGCCUGGAUAACUUUGCCAGCGUGGACAUGGAACUGGCGAAGCUGCAGAAUCUGCAGCGCAUCAACACCCUAAAGCUGCUGCAGGCCCAGACUCAACAGAUGCCGCUACUCAAUCAGUUGCUUCAGAGCUAUGCCGGCAAUAUGCCCGCCACGACCAGUGCAGCCAGUAGUCUGACGAAUCUCGGCGGAACGACGAAUGGGUUCGGGCCGAACCUCACGGGGGACGGCGUCGGCGUCAACAACGAUGUGCAUCUGGAUCGAGUGGCCAAGUUCCACAGGAGCUCCGCGGCCCUGUGCGAUGCCACCUGCACCUGGAGCGGACAGCUGCCGCCACGCUCGCACCGGAUGCUCAACUAUUCGCCGAAAGUCUUCCUAGGCGGCAUACCCUGGGACAUCAGUGAGCAGUCGCUUAUUCAGAUAUUCAAGCCAUUCGGUUCCAUCAAAGUGGAAUGGCCGGGCAAAGAGCAGCAGGCUGCACAGCCCAAGGGCUAUGUCUACAUUAUCUUCGAGUCGGACAAACAGGUGAAGGCCCUGCUGUCGGCCUGCGUGGUCCAAAUGGAUGAUGCACACAGUGGCAGCAACUACUACUUUAAGAUCUCAUCGCGUCGCAUCAAGUCCAAGGAUGUUGAGGUCAUUCCCUGGAUCAUUGCCGACUCCAACUUUGUACGAUCUAGCUCCCAGAAGUUGGACCCCACAAAGACCGUCUUUGUGGGCGCUUUGCAUGGAAAACUGACGGCCGAGGGCUUGGGAAAAAUCAUGGACGAUCUCUUCGAUGGGGUUCUAUACGCAGGCAUAGACACGGACAAGUACAAGUACCCGAUUGGGUCAGGACGCGUGACUUUCAGCAACUUUCGCUCGUACAUGAAGGCCGUUUCGGCCGCCUUCAUCGAGAUACGCACCACGAAGUUUACCAAGAAGGUGCAGGUGGAUCCGUACUUGGAGGAUGCCCUGUGCUCGAUAUGCGGCGUGCAGCAUGGCCCCUACUAUUGUCGGGAGCUGUCCUGUUUCCGCUACUUUUGCCGCAGUUGCUGGCAAUGGCAGCACAGCUGUGACAUUGUGAAGAAUCACAAGCCCUUGACGCGCAACUCCAAGUCGCAGGCUCUGGUGGGCAUUGGCCCCGCCUCGUCGACGGUAUCGCUGGCUUCCUCCAAUCACAGCAACAGCAAUGGGGAGCACAAGAUGCAGCAGCAACAGCAGCACCACCACCACAAUCAACAGCAGCAGCACCACAACCAGAGCCAUCACAGCCACCAGCAGCAUCAGCUGCAGAAGCCACACCAGAUUAAUCAUCAUGGCAAUCUUCAUCAGUCGCACUCGCAGUCCGGAGGAGGAGGAGGCUAUGGGCUGCUGGGCAAUGCUGGAGCCGCUGCCAAUGCCACGGCCACUUCAUUGUACAACUUUCAGCAGCAGCAGCUCCAGCAGCAGCAGCAGCACCAGGCGAUCUAGAGACAAUGCGAAGAGCAUGCACUUCCGGACAAUAUGGCCCCCACAUUAUCAUUGUGAACGACACAGACACAGAGUUUUAUUGAUGUGUAUAUCUAUAGGUACAUAUAUAUAGAGCAACGGUUUGAAGUAUUUGAGUAUACUCGUUGAAUUCCCUCUUUAA